GAGGAGGAGCCACGGGCACCAAGCGGGAGGAGUCCGGAGUCGGAGGGCGGCGGGCGGAGGCGGAUUUCCUGGGCCCGGCUCUCUGGGGCCACUAUGGCGUUUGGGAAGAGCCACCGGGAUCCCUACGCCUCCUCCGUGGGCCAACUCAUAGAAAAGGCUACAUUUGCUGGAGUUCAGACCGAAGACUGGGGCCAGUUCAUGCACAUCUGUGACAUAAUUAACACUACCCAGGAUGGGCCAAAAGAUGCAGUGAAAGCUUUGAAGAAAAGAAUUUCCAAAAAUUACAAUCAUAAAGAAAUCCAACUUACCUUGUCACUCAUUGACAUGUGCAUGCAGAACUGUGGUCCAAGUUUCCAAUCUCUGAUUGUGAAGAAAGAAUUCAUUAAAGAUAGUCUGGUUAAGCUGUUGGAUCCUAAAUACACCUUACCAUUGGACAUUCAGAAUAGAAUCUUGAACUUCAUUAAGUGUUGGUCACAGGGUUUCCCAGGAGGUGUGGAUGUAAGUGAAGUGAAAGAAGUGUACCUGGAUCUGCUUAAGAAGGGUGUUCAGUUUCCUUCCUCAGAUGCAGAGGCUCCAACAGCAAGACAAGAGACCUCAUUGACUCCACCAGCAUCUGUUCCUACUGCACCAGCUCUUUCUUCAGUAAUUCCUCCCAGGAACUCAACUAUUACUUUGGUCCCAGAACAGAUUGGAAAGCUGCACAGUGAAUUGGAUAUGGUGAAAAUGAAUGUGAGAGUGAUGUCUGCCAUACUGAUGGAGAACACUCCCGGGUCUGAGAACCAUGAAGACCUAGAGCUUCUGCAGAAACUUUACAAGACAUGUCGGGAGAUGCAGGAGAGGAUCAUGGACCUGCUUGUGGUGGUGGAGAACGAAGAUGUAACUGUUGAGCUGAUUCAAGUGAAUGAGGAUUUGAAUAAUGCCAUCCUUGGAUAUGAGAGGUUUAUUCGAAACCAGCAAAGGCUUUUGGAGCAACAUACGAACCAGAUGGAAGCCACCAAUACCACCAGUGAGCCCUCCGCUCCAUCUUGUGAGCUCCUGGAUUUAAGUCCCAGCACCCUGAUGUCAAUGGCCACUCAAGGAGAACUCAGCAACGUGAAUUCUCAGCUUUCAAACUUAAGUUUCAGCUCUCCAAGUCCUAUUGUAAGAAACAACUUGAAUCCCAGUCUUCAUUCAAAUGUGGAUUUGCUAGCCUCGGAAAAUACAGAAAUGCCCCUGUUUGCCCAAAGGACACACCAAAACCACGCCUCAAGUCACACAUAUGAUAAUUUUCUAGAACACUCAAAUCCAGUAUUACUACAGCCAGUUAGCCUACAGACUGCCACAGUAACACCGUCAAACCAGAGGCCACCCUCCUUGCCCAACAAUCAUCCAGCAAUGACAAAGAAUGAUCUCCAGCCACCCAAUUACUAUGAGGUAAUGGAGUUUGAUCCCUUAGCUCCUGCUGUCACUACAGAAGCUAUUUAUGAAGAAAUAGAUGUUCAUCCCCACAAAGGAGCUCGAAGUCAUAGUGACUGUUGAGGUUAAAGUGGAUGAUCAAUCAGCUCAUUAGCAGCACAGAGAGGCUAGCUCUCUUAAAGGGUAGAUCCUAUCCAGCUUUGAGACCUGGAAGACAAGACCUACCAACAUGUGAAAGCCACAGUGGACCAUUUCUUCUCUGCUAUAAUGAAGUAUAAACAGAAGAAUAAUAAUUUCAGAGUAAUAUUCAUGAUUAAUGACAACCAAUCAAGAUUUCAGUAGAAUGUGGUUGUAGCAAAUAUUCACUUAAAACUUUGGAAGAACAAUUACUUAGUCCUUAGGCCAACCAGUUUAAUUGCAGUACCUUCUGUUGCUUACAUCUUCCUAUAUAUAGAAAACAAAUAAUCACACAGCUGUGAUAAAAGUAGAUAAAGAUUGUUACUUUAUUAUUAUUACUACAAAAUAAUUCUAAAUAGAUGUGAGAAACUAAAUGUAUUAUUCAGGAAGAACAUUUUGUGCCUUCACUUAACUAAAAUUGAAUGUAAGAUAAUUUGCACUUCUUUAAAAAUAAUUCUUUGAUUCUUUAUAAUGCUAAAUUAUUUUCUAUUGCCCCCUACCCUUUUUAUUAUAAUUAAUAUUUCUAUUUGGAACAAAGACUACUGGAAAACAUUCAGAAUAAAUUGUGUAUUCAUUUACAUAAAUUACAAUGACAAAUAACUUAAAAUAAUUUAUUAUUAUUAUUUUUUUAUACAGUUUUGAUCCCAGAACUUCUAUGUCAGUAAUCUUCAUAAUCCCAUCCUUCCCUUUUAACAUUCAGGGGCUUGGAACUAAGAAAGUAAAUGCAAGCAGUCUAAUUAGAUAUAUUACAUUAUUAUUACAUUAUAUUACGUUUUAUUUCAAUUUCAUAGUGUCACAAUUUCAAAGUAAUUCAAUAUUCAAAUGUAAAAUAGCCCUAGGCCUUAAAGGGAAACUAAAGUCAAAUUUGAAAUAAGAAUAUAAUCUUUGAGCCGUCUUAGGGCUUAGUGACUUCUCUUUCACCUUUGAAUUUUUUUAAAUAAUGGCCAUUCACACUGAAGGAAAAUAGCUGUUUUGGAGAUAAAUAAACAUGCUCCAACAUUCUGUUCUAUA